AAUACGAAUACACGAUGGACGAAGCUUUAACUACACCACCUACAUAUCAGUUGCAUUUUUCUAAACAGAUAUAUUGCGUUGAGUUAUCUCCUUACGAAUGGUCUCAACAUCUAAUUUGUGUCGCUUUAGCCGAAGAAAUUGUCAUCGGUACUAUUAAAUUUCAGGAUGAAGAUGAAACAGUGGAAGAUAUUGCUUAUAAACCUUUUAGAACAUUUCGUCAUGAUACUAGACCACAUGCUAUUGCUUGGAGUCCAGAAACCUCCUUGAGUGUUGUACCUAAAGUUUUAAUGUUCUGUGUUGCUGGAGCAGAUUUUAAAAUAAGAUUAUAUAGCAGUGAUCUGAAUGAAAACACUGUAUGCCAGAUGGAAGGACACAAGGAUUAUAUAAAUUCAAUUUGUUAUGAAACCGAAGGUGAAUUAUUGGCUUCUGUGUCUGAUGAUCACACUUGUAAACUUUGGGCUGUAAAAGAAGAUGAAAAAUGUAUAUCCACAUUUUACUUAACAUCUCCAGGAAUGAGUGUGAAUUUUCAUCUUGAAAAAUCUGGCAAGCUCCUUGUUGGUGAAAAAAAUGGAUUGAUUCAUAUGUAUGAUGUACGCAGUCAGCAAGCAAUUAUGUCUUUAGAUACAGAUAUUGUUCCCUUAAUGUCUAUUGACUGGGGACCCAACCCAUUAAAAGUUGCAGCUAUAGCAGCUGGGAAGCUAAUUUUAUGGGAUAUAUCCAAACCUAGUCCACCUUUAGAAUCAAAACCUCUUCACAUUGAAGGAGGUUUAAUAGUGAAGUUCUUCCUUGGCUAUGAAAAUUUUGUAGCAAGUAUAGGCAGACCAGAUAAUUUAUUAAAGGUUACAAAUAUAAAAACUGAACAAGAAAUAAUUUGUGGGCAAGUUAAAUUAAUAGGUGGAAUAACGUGCCAUUAUAAAUUACCGUACGUCUGCGCGACAAGUGACAGAGAAAUUCGUUUUUGGAAAAUAACUUCAAAUUAAAAAGAAAAAUGCUUUAUUACAAAAAAUCGACUUUUUUAUUGAUAAAAAAAUGUUCUGUAAUUAUAAACAAUUUUUAUAAAUAAAAAGUCAUUACCUAAUUUAUCAACAUUCACUUAAAUAAAUUGUACUUCAUAAAAUUAUGUUUAAUAUAACAUAUUACAAUAUUCUAUAAGACGUGCAAUACAUUAACCCAUUUGCAUUCAAGCGCGGAUUAAUCCGCGCACUGCGACUGUUUUCUAUCACCAAGCGCGGAUUAUUACGCGAUAUUCUACAAGAGAUAAGGCGGCGAUAAAAUGGAAGGAUAAAAAAGAUGUCGUUUUACUAACAACUAUACAUAGCUUAGAAUUUGCUGAAAUGGAGAAAAAAAAUGGAGACAAAAAUAUGUAAAACCAACAGUAGUAAUUGAUUAUAAUCAGAAUAUGGGUGGAGUUGAUAUUCGCGAUCAAAUGUUAAGUAAAUUUGAUACUAUGCGAAGAUAUAAAAAAGUCUAUAAGAAAAUAUUUUUUUAUCUUAUAGACAUGAUGUUACUAAACAAUUAUGUAAUUUUUAAAAAUUAUAAAAAAGAUCGAGCUUUUCAUAUUUUUAAAUAACAAUUAGCCGAAGAAAUUAUUGGUGAAUAUUUACCAAAUAUAAAAGUAAGUGAUGCAUCUAAUUAUUCGAUAACGCGAUAUACUGGCAGGCAUUUUCCUAUUCGGAUACCUCCAACUCCAGCAAAGGGAAGCAGAACGUCAAAUCGAUGCGUUGCAUGCUUAUCUAAACGUACUCGAAGAGAAACGGUUUUUAAUUGCCAUAUUUGUGAUGUACCAUUAUGUAUUGACCAUUUUAAAGAAUUCCACGAGAAAUAAUAUGAUUUAAUUUCCAUUUUAAUCUAAAUAUCUUUUUUUUUAAAUAAAUAAUUUUUACUUUUUUUCUCUGUUAUAAAGAAUGUAAGAUACGAUGUUCGCAAGGUAACAUUGUCUAACAAUCGUUUUGAAUAGUAAAUUUUCGAUAAACUCCAUGAACAAUUCGGAUGUCAUUUACUGCACCUACGACCGACCGCGCGCGGUGAUGGGGACCAGUCGCAAGUUGAACGCCGCUGAUGCCUUCAAAUGGCCUCUUAAGUAGGACCAUGAUGCAAAUGGGUUAAUAAAUAAAAAAUAUAAAAAAAUAAUUGAAUGAUAAAAAUAAUAAAGUAGGAAAUUCAAGAUUGUUAACUAUCAUUAGUAUCUAAUGUAUCUAUCAAAA